AAAUAUAUAUUACUUGAACUGGAAUAAACAUGCAUUGGCUGUCAAGGGUGACUUAGCUUUAAGAGAGGAUGAGUCAUUUUUGGAUGAGAUCCGUAGAGCCCAGUCUUUCAAGGAGAAGGACCAGGGUUGUGUUUUUGAGUCUCCUAUGGUGUAUGAUUUUUCCCUACAACUCCCACCAAGACCACAACCAGCAAUGCCAAAUAAUACCAGGGUCCAUGUCCCUUCCUGUGCUGGAGAAAAAGGGGGACAUCAUCUUCGGGGGACUCUUCUCCCUUCAUGACAUGGUGGUGGAGCCCAGUCUGUCCUUUUUUUCUAAGCCUCUUCCAGCACAGUGCACCAGAUUUAACUUUCGGACUUUCCGUUGGAUGCAAACUAUGAUCUUUGCCAUUGAGGAGAUCAACGGAGAUGGCAAGCUCCUUCCCAACAUCACACUGGGCUAUAAGAUCUAUGAUUCAUGCAGUACACCCCAUCAGGCUCUGAAGGCUGCCAUGGAGUUAGUGGGGAGUGACAAGGAUUCAGAAAUUGAAGAAGAAACACAAAGUAAAGGCACCUGUCGUGGGACCGUACCAGCAGUGAUAGGAGAUGGAGGCUCUACUCAGUCUCUUGUUGUGGCCCGUUUCCUGGGAGUCUUCCAUGUGCCACAGAUUAGUUAUUUCUCCAGCUGUGCCUGUCUCAGUGACAAAAAUGAGUUUCCUGCCUUUUUAAGGACCAUGCCCAGUGACUUUUUCCAGGUAGAUGCGCUAGUACAACUUGUCAAGCAUUUUGGCUGGACUUGGGUGGGUGUGAUAGCAGGAGAUGAUGCCUAUGGCCGUGGUGGGGCAAACAUCUUUGUCAACGAGGUUAGAAAACUGGGUGCUUGCAUUGCCCUUCAUGAAGUCAUCCCUAAAAACCGAGCACAGACCACCAUUUCGUCUAUCGUUUCACAGAUCCGCUCCUCUGGGGCUCGGGUGAUUCUAGUGUUUGCUGUGGAACAAGAUGCAGCCGCAUUGUUUGAUGAAGCUCUCAGAGAGCGGCUGACUGGGAUACAGUGGCUGGCCAGUGAGGCCUGGAGCACAGCAGCUGUCCUCUCCACCCCCAAAAAGUAUCACCACAUCCUCCAGGGUUCUAUGGGAUUUGCCAUUCGGCGAGCACACAUCCCCAGACUACAGGACUUUCUGCUUCGCUUGCACCCCUCGAGCCCAGAUGCCCUUGCAGAUCCCUUCCUGAAACCCUUCUGGGAAGAGGUGUUUCAGUGCAGCCUGGGUGUGCAGGUUGAAGGUCAAGAACAUAAUAAUGAGGGUAAACCUCCAUGCUCUGGAGCAGAAGACCUGAGGAGUGUAAAGAAUAUCUAUUCAGAUGUGUCACAGCUAAGGAUUUCCUACAAUGUCUAUAAGGCCGUGUAUGCCAUUGUCCAUGCACUCAAGGCUAUGAGAAGCUGUGUGAAAGGAAAAGGGCCAUUUCAUCUGCAGGCCUGCCCAGAUACAGACAAUAUACAGCCAUGGCAGCUACUUCAUUACAUAAAGCAGGUGAAAUACUUGAACUCAUUUGGUGAUGAAACCAAGUUUGAUGAAAAUGGUGAUCCUGCAGCCAUGUAUGACCUUGUGAACUGGCAGCUAAGUCCCAAAGGAGAAAUGGAGUUUGUCACAACUGGCAAAUUUGAUGAGAUGACCUCAGUAGGAAAGCAAAAACUCCAGAUCCAGGAAGAUAUGAUUGUAUGGAAUGGCAAUGAAACCAAAAUUCCCUUGUCAGUAUGCAGCAGCAUUUGUCCCCCAGGUACCCGGAAGGCAAUCAGACCUAACUUCCCUAUCUGCUGCCAUGAUUGUGUGGUUUGCACAGCUGGGGAGAUUAGCAAUCAGACUGAUGCCAUAGAGUGUGUGCGCUGCCUGACAGAGUUCUGGUCCAAUGAUGGAAGGACAGCCUGUAUCCCCAAACAGGUGGAGUUCCUCUCCUUUAGCGACACCAUGGGCAUCACCCUGAUGGCUAUUUCUCUCCUUGGCUCCUUCUGCACCUGUGUUGUGGUCGUCAUAUUUUCUUGUCACAGAUCCACCCCGAUUGUCAGGGCCAACAACUCUGAGCUGAGCUUCCUGCUGCUCUUCUCCUUGACUCUGUGUUUCCUGUGUUCUCUGACCUUCAUCGGCCGGCCCUCUGAGUGGUCCUGCAUGCUGCGACACACGGCAUUUGGCAUCACCUUUGUCCUUUGCAUGUCUUGUAUUCUGGGGAAAACUAUAGUGGUGCUAAUGGCCUUCAAGGCAACACUUCCAGGCAGUAAUGUAAUGAAAUGGUUUGGGCCUGCACAGCAAAAGGCAAUCAUUACCCUUUGUACACUGGUCCAGGUAAUAAUCUGUACAGUGUGGCUGGUUGUUGCUCCUCCCACUCCACACCGACUGAUCCCACGCGAAAGCGUUAUUGUCAUUCUCUUGUGCGAUGAAGGUUCACCUGUAGCAUUCGCUCUCGUCCUGGGCUACAUCGGCCUGCUGGCCUGCCUCUGCCUUCUCUUGGCCUUCCUGGCAAGGAAGCUGCCGGAUAACUUCAACGAGGCAAGGCUCAUCACUUUCAGCAUGCUCAUUUUUUGUGCGGUGUGGAUAGCCUUUGUUCCUGCCUACAUUAGUUCUCCAGGGAAGUACUCCACAGCCACAGAGGUGUUUGCUAUACUGGCCUCCAGUUAUGGACUGCUGGGCUGCAUCUUUGCACCAAAGUGCUACAUUAUCCUACUAAGGCCAGAAAAGAACACAUGGAAACACCUGAUGUCGAAAGCUGCCACUGACAAAUUCUAGAACAUCAUCUUUAUUUCAUGCACAUAUGGACUUCUG